AUGGAAGGAAGAAAAAGUGUCGCAAACAAUUCGUCGACUACCUCUGCAGUUAAAGUUCCUACAACUUAUGUCUCACCAUUCUCAAAACCCUUACGACCUCCUAUAAUACCAAAGCAAGUCCAAUCAGACUCAAAUCAGACACCAAACAUACGCAAAGUUCAACUAAAAACUUACACUCCUACAGAACCAGAAGGUGUCUUCUCAUUCUCAACAACAGAAGCAAGAUAUAGAAGACUCAUUGCAGCUUAUCCAAACAAUUUGUCCUUAACAGACAACAAUGACUAUGAUAGAUAUUUCAAAAGUAUAAUAAAACCAGUCGAAACAUUAGAAAACAAAGUUCAAAACCCGACAGUAAUGGUUGACUUUUUCUUGUCGAAUUUGCCUUAUGUUUCAACUAUGAUAUCUCUUCAAGCAAUUGACGAGUUCAUUAUUUGCUGUGAACCAAACUUAAGAGAACAGCUAUAUGAAACACUCAACGACUUUCGUCCUUAUCCUUUAACUUACAAUUGGAAAGAAGAUGAAAACAAACGCGGUUCUUUCUCCUGGAAUCUUUCCAUUGUUGCUCCAGCUGGUGUAGCUGCACAUCCAUUCGAAAUAUAUCCAAAAUUGCAUUACGAAAACAAUAUGCAUAUUAUAACAACAGCCGCUUUAGAGAUUCCUGAACGGGUGCCAGAUGGAGAAGAAGUUUCAAUAAUAUCUGUUCAAGCAAACCGAGUUGCAAUGCCACUUACAGUAUGCAAAUUCACUCACUCAAGCAGACAAUUCUAUCAAAAUCUUGAGUUCGUUUUUACUGGCACAGCCAAAAUGCUUCUCAAAAAACCAGAACAAACCACAAUAACCAUCUUCUUAUCUG